GUUUGCUUUCAGUUUUCACUAUGUCCCUGUCUGUGGCAGUCAGCUCUUGGUUGUCCACAGAAUAACUUUUUGUUCGUUGGUGCCUUCACCUCUGUAGAGUCAUGCUUAAAAAGCUGCUUCAGUUUUAAGAUGUUUUACCUAGAAGAUAACAGUGAGGAUGAGGAGAAGGUUGAGGGAAGCUCACUAAGCAACCCUGCAGGUGUUUACCGUGGCAAGGCCCCUCCUGGCAUUCUGUCUCAAACCAUGAAUUAUGUGGGGCAGCUGGCCGGGCAGGUGCUCGUCACCGUAAAGGAGCUCUACAAGGGCAUUAACCAGGCCACUUUGUCCGGGUGCAUCGACGUUGUUGUGGUGCGGCAGCAGGAUGGCACCUAUCAGUGCUCACCUUUCCACGUGCGCUUUGGGAAGCUCGGAGUCCUGAGAUCCAAGGAGAAAGUGAUUGAUAUAGAAAUCAACGGCAGCGCAGUGGAUCUUCAUAUGAAGCUGGGCGAUAAUGGAGAAGCCUUCUUUGUGGAGGAGACUGAAGAGGAUUAUGAAAAGCUACCUGCCUAUCUUGCCACCUCACCAAUUCCUACUGAGGACCAGUUCUUCAGAGACCUCGACACCCCUGUGGUGAAGUCAAGUGCAGAUGAAAGGCUGUCUCAGAGUUCAGACAUUUCUCACACUUUGGAAACAGAGACCGUUUUCACUCCAAGCUCUGUGAAAAAGAAGAAACGAAGGAGAAAGAAGUGCAAACAGGACAGUAGGAAGGAGGAGCACGCAGCUUCUCCUGCGGCAGAAGAUAUAUUCGGUGUGGGUGUGAGCUCUGACGAUGAGAAGGGAGCCCAGACAGCAAGAGGAUCUUCAAAUGCUUCCUUAAAGGAAGAUGACUAUAAACAGCCUCCGCUCUUCCGCUCUGGGGAUCACUACCCCUUGUCUGAUGGAGAUUGGUCCCCAUUAGAAUCUGCUUACCCCCAGGCCACGGGCCCUAAGAGUGAUUCAGAGCUGGAGGUGAAGCCAGCUGAGAGCCUGCUCAGAUCUGAGUCUCACAUGGAAUGGACGUGGGGUGGCUUCCCAGAGUCUACCAAGGUCAGCAAAAGAGAAAGAUAUGACUAUCAUCCAAGGACAGCUACAAUUACACCAUCAGAAAACACUCACUUCAGGGUAAUUCCCAGUGAAGACAGCCUGCUGAGAGAAGUGGAGAAGGGUGCUACUGUGGAAGAGACUGUCUGCACUAUAGUGAAACCCAAGCCUAGAGCCCUGUGCACGCAGCCGAGUGGCACAGCCUCUGCUGGACCUUGCGACCUGCCUCUGCAGGGCCCUCAGAGUUCACCCAUGUUAGAUGCAGACCCUGCUCCCUGCCCAUCCUCAGCAGAGGCUCCCACAGAACCCAGACCAGCUGCUAAAGUGGACUCGCCAACAAAGAAGAAAGGUGUUCACAAAAGAAGUCAGCACCAGGGACCUGAUGACAUUUACCUCGAUGACUUAAAGGCUCUUGAGCCUGAAGUGGCCGCUCUCUAUUUCCCAAAAAGUGACACAGAUCCGGGUUCCAGGCAGUGGCCUGAGGCCGACACGUUCUCGGGCUCUCAGUCCCCACAGUCUGUGGGAAGCGCAGCUGCGGACAGUGGCACAGAAUGCCUCUCAGACUCGGCCAUGGACUUGCCUGAUGUCACGCUCUCCCUCUGUGGAGGCCUCAGUGAGAACGGAGAGAUUUCUAAAGAGAAAUUCCUGGAGCACAUCAUCACAUACCACGAGUUUGCAGAGAACCCUGGCCUUAUCGACAACCCAAACCUCGUGAUUCGGAUCUAUAACCGUUACUACAACUGGGCUUUGGCUGCUCCCAUGAUCCUUAGCUUGCAAGUAUUCCAGAAGAGUCUACCUAAGGCCACAGUUGAGUCCUGGGUUAAAGACAAGAUGCCAAAGAAAUCUGGCCGAUGGUGGUUUUGGCGUAAGAGAGAAAGCAUGACAAAACAGGUAAUGAAUCUGGCUUAUUUUAAAAACAACUCUCUUUCUGCCACUCAUAUGAAGGUAGGCUGGCUGACAGCCUGGCAGUAUGAGCAAAUCAACAUGCAAACACGCAGAACAUCCCUCAGGUUUGCCAGAAGGAAGGGAAAAUCUGAGGUACCCUCAACAAAUGACCUGCCUUCCAGUGUUGAGGAGCCAGCCAGUGCCAGACCUCCAGAAGAUGACACUUCCAGUGAUGAGGGGUCACAGGAGCUGGAGGAAACAGUCAGGGUUGACACCGUCUCCAUGGAGACCCUGAGCCACUGUAGCACAGCUUCAUAUAAGAAGUCUCUCCGACUCUCCUCGGACCAGAUCGCGAAACUGAAGCUCCAUGAUGGCCCCAAUGACGUCGUGUUCAGCAUUACAACCCAGUACCAGGGGACCUGCCGCUGCGCGGGAACCAUCUACCUGUGGGACUGGAACGACAAGGUCAUCAUCUCUGACAUCGAUGGAACGAUAACCAAGUCCGAUGCUUUGGGACAGAUUCUCCCACAGCUGGGCAAAGACUGGACUCACCAGGGCAUAGCGAAGCUCUACCACUCCAUCAAUGAAAACGGUUACAAGUUUCUGUACUGCUCAGCUCGGGCCAUUGGCAUGGCCGACAUGACCCGAGGUUAUCUUCACUGGGUCAAUGACAAGGGCACGAUCUUGCCCCGAGGCCCUCUGAUGCUGUCUCCCAGCAGCCUGUUCUCUGCCUUCCACAGGGAAGUGAUAGAAAAGAAACCAGAGAAGUUCAAAAUUGAGUGUCUGAAUGAUAUUAAGAACUUGUUUGCCCCGUCCAAGCAGCCCUUCUAUGCUGCCUUCGGAAACCGUCCCAACGAUGUCUAUGCUUACACACAAGUCGGAGUUCCAGACUGUAGGAUAUUCACUGUGAAUCCAAAGGGUGAAUUAAUACAGGAAAGGACCAAAGGAAACAAGUCAUCGUACCACAGGCUGAGUGAGCUGGUGGAGCACGUGUUUCCGCUCCUCAGCAAGGAGCAGAGCUCGGCCUUCCCCUGCCCGGAGUUCAGCUCCUUCUGCUACUGGAGGCCCAUCCCUGCCGUGGACCUGGACGACCUGGCGUGA